AUGACCUCGCGGGGCGCGACGACCUACAGUAAGUCUAUUGCCCCUUUGAACGUCUCAUCCCGCACCCGGGAAGCUGGCCGGACAUUGCCAUUGCCCUCUGGCGAUUCGGCCUGUACUCCUCCCGACAUUGACCGGGUGGAUUCCCCCGAUUCUGGCAAGCCUGGGAACGCCCCGGGCAUGCUUGGUGCAUCUGACUCUGGAGGGUUCUUUGCGGGCUCUACAAGCGCCUUCUCUCACAUAAUUACAGAGUCUCGCGACGAUGAACGGGCUGAAGGCUCGGGGUCAUCCCAUGACAAUCUAUCAUCAUCAUUGCGAGCCAUGCAGGAGAACUCGGCACCGUAUCAGAGUUACGACGAAGACCUUAUCUCGUUGCUCCCACCAAUACAUACCGUCGACGGCCUUGUCGACUACUACUUUGAGUACUGCAACUGGAUAUACCGGCACGUGAACCAGACGGCCUUCACGCGCAACUGGGCCCGGUUCAAGUCAGGAAGCGGGGGCAACCGAGUCACCCUUGCGACUGUCUGCAUCCUCAUUCUCCUUGCUGUUCGGUACCUGCCAAGCGGUCACGCGCUUCUCACGAGCCUGCCUGGCACGAGUGAGGAGCUCGAGGCGCGGUAUUACGGAGUCAUGCGCGAAGCCCUCCAGCGGCAUUUCCGUGACUUGCGGAGGGACGGGCUAGGGAAGGGGUACAACCUCGAUUUGUUGGAGCUGCUGCUAGUGCGCUCCCACUACCUGACGUUCCGCAAGGAAGACCCCGAGGAGACCUGGGCGAUCAAGGGUGAACUCGUAAACAUCGGCACCGCAAUGGGUCUGCAUAAGGACCCCGGCGACACACGUUUCAAUCAAGAAGAGGCCGAACGACGGCGGUGGGCGUGGUGGCACAUCAUCCUGCUCGAGAGAUGGCAGGCCUUUAUGUUUGGAAGGCCUAUAGCAAUUGCAUCCAACCACUUCAACACCCGAUUACCAUCUUAUUGCGACCCUGCCCUCGACCAGUCAAGUCGCCUAUAUUUACCAAACCUAGCGCUCUUUAAGCUGGCUUAUAUUCUCAGCGAUAUCAUGAACGAUGCCGUGUCGUUCCAGCCAGUGUCUUAUUCGUCCGUACAGGAGAACGACCGGAAACUGAUGAAAUGGUACGAUGAAAUACCGCCAGAACUCAACUUGGAUGACUACAGAGUAGCACGGUCAUUAGGCAGUCCGAUCACCUCCGUUCGUCGGCUUGGUGUUCAAAGCGUCAUCAUACGCACGGCCUAUCACCACAUCCGCUUCACCCUUCAUCGACCCUAUGCCAACAUCGCAUCCUCCCUCAGCAUCGCUGUGAGCGCUGCCAGUCAGCUCAUCACGCUUGUCGGUCAAACUCGUCCCGACUUCCUCUCCAAUACUGCGCUGGCGGUCCCGGGUCAUAUGAACUGGGGUCCCUUCCACGUCUUCAGUGCGGCGAUGUUCUUCUCCUUCCAGCUCAUCUCGCGCCCUGAACAGCCCGCGGCGAACCUUUUCCGAGACAACAUCAGGAAGGCGAUCGCUUGCCUCGAGCAGAGCCAGUGGAUGCCUGUCGCAGACAAGGCACUGACGAUCCUGCAGGCACUCGCGCCGCUGUACUCGGACGAGUUCGCGGCCGAGCCACCAAUCGAGCAGAAGCGCAAGAAGUCACAGGUGCUCAACCUCGUCAAAACGCUCGCGUUCCCGUACCAAGACAACCCGGGUGCCCGGGGCGACUCCUCUGCGGGCUCGUCGCCCUCGCUCAGCAUGCCUCCGCCCGGCACGUCCGACUCGCCGACGGUGGCGCACUCGUUUGGGCCGCAGAAGACGCAGAUACCGACGUCGUCUGUACGCUGGACCUCGCCGGGCACGGCCGCCGGUAUGCAGCAACAACAGCAACCACAACAGGGCUACGCCGCCCAGAGCCCGCCACCCAACUCCAUCCCUGAAGGCGGCGUCGUGCACCCCCAUCACCAUCACCACCCCCACCACCACCAGCAGCCGGAGCUUCAGUACCAGCAGCCGUCGCCCGUCGCCCCGCCCUAUCCGAGUGCACACUACGGUAUGCAGCCGCACCCGUCCACGCCCACAAGCGCCGCCGCCGUGCACGAGCAGAGCUUCUUCAUGCACCCGCCUGCGGAUGAGGGCUCGAUGUGGGGUGCGUCCGUCGGGUUCGGGCUAGGCGAGUGGGCGCAGUUCCUCGAUGUCAUGCAGGGUCCAGAACCGCGGAUGCGAAACCUGGUGAACAAGUAG